UCACAAGCAUCGUGCCCCCCAUUCUCUCUCUUUCUCCUCUUUAUAUCUUGGCUUAUAUAAUAUUAACUUCCAAGUUACAAGUUCCAUCCAACCAUCUUAGCUUUCUCUCUUCUGUGAAAUUGUGACGAAGACAAUGGCUUUGAACUCCAGAAAGGGAAAAGGGUCAAAAGCCACAGCUGAAGAAGCUUCAUGGUACUGUGCUCUUCUCCUUCUUUCUUCCACUCUCCUCAUCAUGCUAACCAUCUUCACUCAUGAACACAAUAGCAGCACUAUUAUUACUCUCCCACGACCCUGCGAGGAGAUCUAUGUGGUCGGAGAAGGGGAGACACUUCACACGAUAAGUGACAAGUGCGGUGAUCCUUAUAUCGUUGACAACAACCCUCAUAUCCAUGACCCUGAUGAUGUCUUCCCUGGCCUUGUCAUCAAGAUCACACCUUCUUCUUCUUCACAAUAAUAUUUGUAGUCUUAUUAGUUGUGUUCUUCUUUUUUUAUUGGAAUAGGAAAUUUGUAAUAAUCAUCAUUAUUAGUUAUUAACGUAUAUAUGCAUAUGAACAUUGAACUGUUUUAUAUGCUACUA